AGGCCCAAGUGUGGUCUCUCAUUCAGUGUGGUAGCGGUGUGCCUGCCCAGAUCGAGGUUUUAAAUCUUUCGGAGCCGCAGGUUAAAGGACAGUUUAUUUAAAAAGUACGGAAGGUGGUGGUGGCGAGGGUCUCCCGCUGUGAUGGGGUCUAGAUGCAGAGGUAAAUUUCGUUGUUUGAGAACCACGAGAAGCUGGGGACCUGGCUCCACGGGCUCAGGAUGACGACUUCAGGCGCUCUGUUUCCAAGCCUGGUGCCAGGCUCCCGUGGGUCCUCCAACAAGUAUUUGGUGGAGUUUCGGGCCGGAAAAAUGUCAUUGAAAGGAACUACUGUCACCCCAGAUAAACGGAAAGGGCUUGUGUACAUUCAGCAGACGGAUGACUCCCUCAUUCACUUUUGCUGGAAAGACAGGACAUCGGGGAACGUGGAAGACGACUUGAUCAUCUUCCCCGACGACUGCGAGUUCAAGCGCGUGCCGCAGUGCCCCAGCGGGAGGGUCUACGUGCUCAAGUUCAAGGCGGGGUCCAAACGCCUCUUCUUCUGGAUGCAGGAGCCCAAGACGGACCAGGACGAGGAGCACUGCCGGAAGGUCAACGAGUAUCUGAACAACCCGCCGAUGCCUGGAGCUCUGGGGGCGAGCGGAAGCGCAGGCCACGAGCUGUCUGCGCUGGGCGGUGAGGGCGGCCUGCAGAGCCUGCUGGGGAACAUGAGCCACAGCCAGCUCAUGCAGCUCAUCGGCCCCGCCGGCCUCGGAGGACUGGGUGGCCUGGGGGCGCUGACGGGGCCAGGCCUGGCCAGCCUACUGGGGAGUGGAGGGCCUCCAGCGAGCAGCUCUUCCCCCAGCUCCCGGAGCCCGUCGGCAGCGGUCACCCCGUCCUCCACCGCCCCUUCCACGCGCACCACCCCAGCUCCCUCCGCUCCAGCAGCUGCCUCGGUGAGCAGCCCGAGCCCCGCGCCCAGUCCAGGCAAUGGAGCCAGCACGGCCGCCAGCCCGACCCAGCCCAUCCAGCUGAGCGACCUUCAGAGCAUUCUAGCCACUAUGAACGUGCCGGCUGGGCCAGGAGGCAGCCAGCAAGUGGACCUGGCCAGCGUGCUGACGCCCGAGAUCAUGGCCCCCAUCCUUGCCAACGCGGAUGUCCAGGAGCGCCUGCUGCCCUACCUGCCGUCUGGGGAGUCGCUGCCGCAGACCGCGGAGGAGAUCCAGAACACGCUGACCUCGCCCCAGUUCCAGCAGGCCCUGGGCAUGUUCAGCGCGGCCUUGGCCUCGGGGCAGCUGGGGCCCCUCAUGUGCCAGUUCGGGCUGCCUGCAGAGGCCGUGGAGGCCGCCAACAAGGGCGAUGUGGAAGCAUUUGCCAAAGCCAUGCAGAGCAGUGCCAGCCCCGAGCAGCAGGAGGGCGGCGGGCAGGACAGGAAGGACGAGGAGGAGGACAUGAGCUUGGACUGAGUCGCCUGCUGUCAGAGGGCUGGCCUGGCCGCCCGGCCGUGCGGCCUCAGCGGGGGCGUGUGAGCGCGCCCCUCCCACCUCUGUCCCAACUUGCUCAUCAAUAAAAGUCUUCUCUUUUAUCA